AGCCACAGUGGUGCUUUUUUUCAUGCAAACUUCCCUUGACACUGACAGACCUCGAACUGCCAAAAUAAUCUCCAGAUUUGGAUCAUACAUACGAAAGACAAUAUUCCGAAUGAGUGCCGAGAAGACGAUGAUCAACGGGGUGUCGAUCGAAGAUGACAUGGAGGACGAUUUUGACGACCUGCUAGACAAAUUCAAGGCGCCGACGGAAACGAAGAAGGAAGAGCCAUCACUGCCGAAGGAGAAGGCGAGUGAGAGUGCGAAGGCCGACUCAUCAGGGACAGAAGAAUGGCCCAACCAGGAGAUAUCCGACGAGUUUGCACGAGAUCUUGCCGAGGGAAUGGAGGCCUUACUCGCAGGAAUGAAGGACGAAGACGGCGGCGAGUUCAAGAAACAUCUCGAGGCUCUCGUCUCGGCCGAUGGUGGUGGUCUCAAGGGCGCUACUGACUUGCUCGAGGCUCUCAAUCAGAAUGAUCCCAACCCCAACCAACAAUCUUCCUCCUCUUCUUCAAACCUGCCCGAACAUGAAUCUAAAAACUUUCAAGAGGCUAUCCAGGAGACCAUGGAAAAACUCAAACGAUCAGACGAUUCUGCUAAAGCAAAGAGCGGUCCGUCAGGUGCAGGGGAAGAAGAUGAAAAACUCUCGGCCUUGUUCGAAAAAAUGAUGUCGGGCGAAAAUGGAUUACCGGACGAAACCCAACUACAAACGAUACUGCAGUCCUUUAUGGAAGAGCUAAUGUCGAAGGAAAUCAUGUAUGAGCCGCUGAAAGACAUGAAUCGAUUAUUCCCGGAUUGGAUAGAGGAGAACCGAAGUAAACUAUCACCGGAAGAUAUGAAGAGAUACGAAACCCAAGCCAAGAUCAUCGAGCAAGUGAUCGAAAGAUUUGACGAUCCGAGUUGGGAUUCCGAAGAGAAAGCAGGCGGAGAUCGAUUUCUUUCUCGUCAGAAAGAAGUCAUCGAGCUCUUGACUAAGAUGCAAGAUUGUGGUCCACCUCCGAAAGAGAUCUUGGGCGAUAUGCCUCCAGGUGUGUUUGGCGAAGACGGGCUACCAAAUCCUGAACAGUGCUUGAUUUCAUGAUGCUCCCCUUUCUUGCUCUCACAUCAUAUUGUUCUGUUGGUUAUUUCAUCCCUGACUCCUGACACACAAGUGUAUGCAUGAAUGAAGGGGCUCCUAGUCAGACACACGACUCACAUCUUUUUGGAGUGAAAUGAGACGCAGUCUCCAACCAACCUCGUUUCUUUUUCUUAAUACCCAUCCAGAUGACUAAUAAUGGAUCAUCCUCUUCAGUGUGGGUCUUUGUCUCAGUAUCCUUCAUGCUAAUAACAAUGCAAUCUUGAGAAAAAC